AUGGUCGUCAAAGCGUCGGGAUGGUCAACACCAUUCUCGUCGACAAGCACCCUCUCUUCGCCAGGCUCACCACGCCUCAGCAAGUCGGACGAGGCCGUCAAAGCUUCUCCAUUCAAUAAUCCGCGCACACAAGCCUCCACCGUCAUCGAGUAUAUUGCGUCGAGGCAAGGGAAGAGCUCCUCCGUCUACGUUUACGACGUUGCGGAGCAGGUCGGUUUCGGGACGCUCACCAAGGAUUGGGCGAAGACAGGCAACGAUGCGACGAGCGUCCAUGACCUUCAAACGCGGGCGGGAGCUGGCUUGACUCUUGUCGGUCGUCUCUCGCAGGGGACCAGCCAUGAUACCGCAAAGGGAACCAUUUUGACGGCGUACACAACCCCCAGUGGCCUUGCAUUGAUGGCACCAUCCUUCACCUACCUUCCCCCGGCAUCUCCCAACGCCCGCCUUAUCAUCCAGACACCGGCGGUUACUCCCGUUGGCGAGACAUUGGUGUUGUCGCCCACUCUCUCCUCUUUGGCCUCUGUUUGGUCCAUUCUUCCCGAGAGUGUCGCCGUCUUAUUUUCAUCAACCCCUCAACAAGCCGUCGAUUUCGCUACCCUUUCCUACUGGGUAACUAAUUGCCACAUCGUCCACAUUUUCGAUCACCACAGUGCUGCUCGCGAAAUCGGACAUUCGAUCAAUCCUCUUCCAAACCCCACCGAAGCAUCACCCUCCGUCCAUGAUGCGGUGCAAAAGGCAGGCUACAGCUUUUUCGAAUAUCACGGCAACGCCGACGCGACCGCUGCAGUUGUCCUAUUGAACGGUCCAUUGGCGUUGACUCUCAAAGUAGCUGCCAAGGCCAACCCUGCUGCGGGUCUCGGAGUUGUCAUCGUCAACGUUUUACGGCCAUGGGACGAAUCCGCCAUCCAGUCCAUCAUUCCGACCUCUGUCACUUCCGUCCAUGUCCUCGAUGACGUACCCAAUACUGUAACGCAGGGAACCCUCUAUGUUGACGUUUUCAGCGCUCUCUGGAACGUCGUCCCAAAACGAUCCGUUGUGUCGCACCGUGUUACCCCUUCCCAAACCCAACACUUCACGAACGGAGCCGAAGCAUUCCUCGAAUUUAUUCAGACGAUUUCGCACGUAGAGUUCCAUGGUCCGUCUGCAAACACCGCCAAGAACCUUCUGUUCUUCAGCAUUCCCAGGUCCCCACUUUCAGCACUACCAAACUUCGUAGAGGAGCUGUUCGUCACGAAGACCAACGUUCGUGCUCGACUUCUGGCGGAUUACGACGUUUUCUCGAAGCCGGGCGGCAUCGCCGCCACUCGACUUCUCAUUUCGCGCAACAGCGCUGGGGAGACCUCACCUAUACCAGCUGCGUUGCCCAUUGAUCCUAACACCACCGGCCUCGCCGACUUUUUGGCUGUCUUGGACCAAAGUCUGUUAAAAACCCAUUCUCUCCUCGACCACGCGAAAGUUGGUUCGAUCGUUCUCAUUGUUACUACUUGGACGGCAGAGGAGUUGCUGUCCAAUCUUCCACCAGGCGCCACAGCCUUGAUCUCGGAGCGCGGCCUGCUGGUGUACAUCUUCGAUGCCAAGAACGCCGCCUCAAAACUUGUCGGAGCUCAAGGACCCAUCCAUGACGCUGCCCAGAAUGUGUUGGUCGAGCUCGCUGUAUUGCGACUCUACCUCGGCUCUGCCGCUACAGAAGCUUCCGUCCUGCAGCUCGCCCGAAGCUCGUUCGGUGACGAGAUUGGGGGCGUACCUUUGACUAAGCAUAACGCUCAUGCAUGGGCUGGCCUUCAGGCUGUCAAUGUUCCGGCACCCUCUGAGCCUGUUAACGCUCCUCCGUUGAAAUCCUUCGAAAGCAACGCUAUCGCUGUAGAAACAGAGGAAGGCAAAACCGUCGUCAAUGGUGCUCGUCUGAGCACCUGGCAUGACGCAGCCAAGCACCUUCUUUUCCCCUCCGUCUUCGUUCCCGCCCAGGAGCAGACGGAUAACCUUCGCAAUCCAGCUCUGCGUCCUGAGAUUCCGGACACGACCUUCCUCGUCACUUGCACCGUCAACAAGCGCCUGACACCCCUCGAGUACGAUCGCAACGUCUUCCACCUAGAGUUCGACACUUCCGGAACCGGGCUGAAGUACGCCAUCGGCGAGGCCCUGGGCAUCCAUGGAUGGAACGACGAGCAGGAGGUGCUCGACUUCUGUGCGUGGUACAGGGUCGACCCGAACAGGCUCAUCACGAUUCCGGUCAUUGGUGACGAGACCAAGGUGCACACGCGCACGGUCCUGCAGGCGCUCCAGCAGCAGAUCGACCUGUUCGGUAAGCCGCCGAAGUCCUUCUACACCGACCUGGCGGACUAUGCGUCCACGGAUGUGGAUCGUUACGCCCUCAGGUUCAUCGGCUCUGCGGAAGGCUCGUCGACGUUCAAGAAGCUCUCCGAGAAGGAUACGGUCACGUUUGCUGAUGUGCUGAAGAUGUACCCGAGCGCGAGACCUGGAAUUGAGCGCCUGUGCGAGCUGAUCGGUGAUAUAAAGCCGAGGCAUUACAGUAUUGCCAGUGCUCAGAGCGUUGUUGGCGAUCGUGUAGACCUCUUGGUAGUCACUGUCGACUGGACCACUCCUUCGGGUACCCUCCGAUACGGGCAGUGCACUCGAUAUCUCGCCGGUUUGAAGGUUGGACAAAAAGUUACUGUGUCGAUAAAGCCUAGCGUCAUGAAGCUACCCUCCAACCCCAAGCAGCCUCUUAUCAUGGCCGGCCUCGGCACUGGCGCAGCACCCUUCCGCGCCUUCCUCCAACACCUCGCCUGGCUCGUCUCGAAAGGCGAAGAGAUCGGGCCCGUUUACUACUACUUCGGCUCUCGCUACCAAAGCGCCGAGUACCUCUACGGCGAGGAGAUCGAGGCAUUCGUGCUCGACGGCGUUAUCACACGCGCAGGACUCGCCUUCUCUCGCGAUGGCCCCAAGAAGGUGUACAUUCAGCACAAGAUGCUCGAGGACUCGGAGGCACUCGCGCAGAUGCUACAUGAUGAUGAGGGCGUGUUCUACCUUUGUGGUCCGACGUGGCCUGUGCCGGAUGUAUAUAAGGCGUUGGUGAAUGCCCUUGUUAAGUACAAAGGGUCGGAUCCCGUCCAGGCGGGCGAGUACCUCGAGAGUUUGAAGGAAGAAGAACGUUAUGUUCUCGAGGUAUAUUGA